AUGGCUGCAGAGCAAAAACGCGAAAUUCUUGCUGAAGAACUCGUCCAAGAGGAAGUGGCCCCUUUAGUGCUCUCGAGCUUCACCUCGGUCAAGCACAAACACGCAGAAGAACAUAUAGGGCACGUGGUGGCGAGCCGGGCGGCAGUCGACGGUUCUGAAGACUGUUUGCUUAGCGACCGACGAGGCAGCGGCGUCGGCCGAGGAGACGCCGACGCGCCGCCCGAGGCUCUCCCCGCCUCCUCCCUCGGCCGUCGCUCGGCCCGUUGUCAUCGGGACCACCUCUGA